GAGGAAAACACGACAUUCUUGGAAGCGUUUCCGCAGGGGCAAUUACGGGAGUACUCUACAAGUCAACAGCCGGAGUUAAACCUGCUCUCUCUGCGGCUAUAUUCAUGUCUGGAAUGGCGGGUUUCUGGAGCUAUGUGAAAAAAAUCAUUUGAACCUCUCAUAUGCUAUAUAUUCUACAUUCUCGCUGAUUACCCCCGCUCAAGGUCUUGGUGCCGCGGCAUAGGCUCCCUCUUAACUUACACGAUCAUUAUGCGAAUCCUAUUAAAUCUAAUCCGUAUCGACUCUGCCAUAUCAGGGUACUCCGAUCUGACAAAUGAACUUAAGUUGGCGAUCUUUCAAUCUUUUCAGACUGUACUGCUUGUGUGUGCCGAUGUUAUAAAUGCUUACCUCUCAUCGCAUUUCCUUGAUCAUUCCUGCACGAUACUGACGCCGGUCUGUCUAUCAAGCAUGGUUCACUCCUUUGCUCUGUGUAUUUCGUCCGACGACAAGCGGAUUGUGGACUCUUCACUCACCAUUUGCUCUUUUUCAGCAGAUGUGCAAGAUAUGCUGAUUACCAUGCCAUUUGUACCUCGGGUUGAAUCUGGUCGUGGAGUACCUCGGAGGAAUAAGCCACGACAAGCUACUCUUUCAUCGGUAGUCCCAAAAUUAAGAUCUGUCCGCCGUCGUGCGUCUCAAUCGCCCCAUCGCAUACGAAUCGAGAGCGAUACCAGCGACCCAAAAUCUAAAUCGGUUGAAACUUCCCGGUCCCCUACUCGUAGGCUUCCUCCCCUUCAGUUUCCUCGUGAUAGUGGCGGCAGCAGCGGUCACUCCUCCCCACAAUCAGUAUAUUCUUCAGCUAGUUUCUUUUCUUCGAACGGAAGCCCUACUUCUAGCCGUAGUUCCCCUCCUUCAAGUCAUGGAUCAUAUCAGCAAUUUUCAUCGAUGCUUCCUGAAGGGUACUCGCGCAACCAUCUUCCUCGUAUUCAAGUAUCUUCGCUUCUUUCCGAUCCUCGGAAUCUAUUAUAUCAUCUUGAAGUCGUCCAGCAACCUCAGAGAGCAGCUGAAUUUUCCAACUAUCCUCUCUCUCGUCUGCCUGUGACUCCCCCAAUCAUCGUUCGACUUGACAUUCACGACGCCUCUGGCAACCCUGUUGUACCCGAGGCGGAACUGCCCUUUCUCAUCGCGCAUUUGUCCCUUUACAACGAAAACGGACUAGAGAGAGUAGACAGAAGUCCAACGCAGAGUGGGUUUGGCUCCGCACCAGUUCUGUACGGUAAUCUUGUGUCAUCGGUUGAGCAGCUUGAGGACCUUCAGGGAAAUCGCGGUCUUUUCUUUUUAUUCCCCGAUGUUAGCAUACAGUGGCGUGGCCGCUAUCAAUUGGGAAUAACCCUUUUACAAAUUUCCAGCGUUAGUCCUUCCGGAAUUAUGGGUCUUGCCCAACACGGACAAGCAUUAGCAGAGACGAGAACAAGAGUUUUCGAGGUUCUACCUCGACAUCAAUAUUCUGCUGCCCAACCAACCCGCCUGACCCAAUCCUUCAUUCGACAAGGGGCGAGAAUGUUUACCUUCGUGUCGCCACCACACCCGUGAUCGUCUUACCGCCAGAGAGUCCGUUGUGGACGUAACAUCUUGCUUGAACUUAAUCGUGCACACACUAUGCGAAAAUUCGAUCUUCGCAGCAUAGUUGUUGUUUUUUCUUUAUAGAUAUAAUCGUGAAUGAAAUUCUGAGCAAUUGCGAGACUCGAUAUGCAGCACGUAUUAUGAUUGUAGUUGAAAGUAUUUACACCAAGCCGGUGUAACUUGAACUUGUAUUUCCGGAAAAUUGUGUCCUUCAUUCUCCCGCUAUCUUUAGGUGCUUCGAUUUCCAUGAUCGCAUUUCCAAAAUAAAAAUUGGAUCAAGCUAAUAUUUGAACCGCU